AUGUUGGAUGUGUUGAUCAUCGGUGGUGGUCCUCACGCCUUGACCCUGGCCAGCCUCCUGUCCCGCUCACACCCCAACCCCGGACAGGAAGAAGUUCCUCCCGCGUCCUGCAGGGAACCUCCGAGACUUGACUUGAAGGAGGAAGCACACCACAAGACCAAGAGGAAGGUAACACACGGACACGAGUCGCUGGAGGCGAGUCUGGCCAAGUCCACGCCAGGCGAUGAUGAUGUCAUGACAGGCGAUGAUGAUGUCAUCACGUCACCCAUCAGCCUCCUGGUGGUGGACAGUUAUGGCCGCUGGACGUCUUUGUGGAGGAGUCAGUUCUCUGCUCUCAACAUCCCUCACCUGCGCUCACACACUCUGGUGCACACUGACCCACUCAACAAGAUGGCGCUGCAGGAGUUUGCGUUGAAGAACAAUCGCUCGGCUGAACUCCACAGUCUCCCCGAGCAGGUGUUCAUCCUGGAUGAAAACACUUUCUUCAACGACACGCCGCUCGGCAAGAAGGAGAGGAAACGCCUGAAGGUCACCUCCACACGACUGAAGGUCACCUCCACACGUCUGAAGGUCACCUCCACACUCCAGAAGAACAUGUUCCUCAGUCUGCCAGGGACCAAACUGACUGUGGACUUCUUUCAAGACCAGGUGCAGCGAUACGACCUGGACAAGUUCCUGGUGAAAGGAAGUGUGACUCGCAUACUUCCUGUGACCCAAGAAGCCGAGAAGGAAGACCAAAAAGGAGGCGGGGCAAGACGGGUGACACAUUUUCAAGUCCACUUUCAAGACGGCGCCAUGCGACAAGCCCGACGUGUCGUCAUGGCGACAGGCCCCACCCGGGCCCAGAUGGCCAACAUUCCGUCGUGGGUCCACGGACUGGAGGAGAAGUUUCCAGAAGGACGCCUGCAGCACACGGUGCGCCUCAUGCACUUCCUGUCCGCUCAGCAAGACCAUGGAGACGUGACAGGAAGCGUGUGUGAGCCGGGUCACAGGGUCAUGGUGGUGGGCGGAGGGCUGACCAGCGCCCACGUGGUCGCCAUGGCGCUGCAGCGAGGCGCCAGUCAUGUGACCUGGGUGAUGAGGAAGCACCUGCAGCUGAGGCAGUUUGACGCGGGUGACGUGGAAGGUCUGCUGGGCCGCUACUCACACCUGGACCACGGCGUCAAGAUGGACGCCCGAGCACACCUGAGACAGUUCUACCAGCAGAGGAGUCUUCAUGCACGCCUGGCUAUGAUUGGUCAGGCCAGGAAGGGAGGGGCCGUCACCCCGCAGGCCUACAUGCACCUGAGACCUUUUAUUCUGAAAGGACAGGUGGAAGUCAGGUCUUACUGUCAGGUGUUGGAUGCCAGCUGGUGCUACAAGAAGCAGGAGUGGAGACUUCAUGUGAGCAGUGGAGAUGAUUGGACAGGAGACAUGAUUUGGUUGGCCACUGGAUGUAAGCUGGAUGUCAGACAAGAUCCUCUACUCUCUGACGUCAUGAGCAUGUUCCCUAUCCAGGUGCUGGAUGGAUGGCCGUGUAUCUCUGAGAGCCUGCAGUGGACGGAGGGCUGUCCCCUCUACCUGAUGGGACAAUACACGGCUCUGCAGAUUGGAGCCCAUGCGGUGAACCUGGCAGGUGGACAAGCAGCCAGCAUGAGGAUUGCCAAAGACAUCCAGCAACACCACAACAAGAAGAAGAUGGAGGAGGAAAGUCAUCUGAGUGCAAGAAGACUGACUAGUGAAGAAUCCAUCCAGCAAAUGCAUGGACUUUUAUGGCUUUAACUGCGACCUCAGAUACAAAAUAUAAUGUUUAAAUACGAUGAGCUUUGACAUCUGUCACUCUGGGAUUGAUUGGUCAUGUCCAUGCUGGGUUUGACCUCCUGGACUGGGACUGUGAGUCUCCCUCAACAACAUAAGUUGCAUUCAAAUAAUGUUCAUGACAUAUGAAAUAUUGUGUAAUAUUGAAAUUACUUUAUACUUUUGUCAUUAUGUGACCAUAAAACACCUCAAUCAGACUUGUUGCUGUGUGUAUAUUACCUGGUUAUGUGUAUUAUAUUGUGUGUGUAAU